GUGGGCAGAGCUCUCCCGCUGCCACCGUAACCGGCGCCGCCCGCUCGGUCGCGGUUGCUUCCCUUUGGACCUGGUCCGUCCAGCUCCUCUCGAGCAACUUUACAGCGAGCUCUGAAGCCCAAGGGCGUCGCAGCGCCGCGUGAGGCCUACUCGCGGGCCGAAUGGCCUCUGGUGCCCGUCCUCCGAGCCCCUCUGGCCCACAGUCUUCACCGCUGCCACAGCCCCAGGCCCGCUCACGGCUCAAUGCCACCACCUCGGUGGAGCAGGAGAAGAGCGGGGCGCCCCGAGCUCCCGGACCCCAGGUUGGACCUGGACCAGAUGUGAGAGACACUGCUGCCCCGGCUGGGCCCCAGGCCUCGCAUGCCAGGAGCCAAGAAAGGGUGGAUGGAACAGGGCCUGCGAAGGGAGAUGUGGACACCCCCUUUGAAGAGGUCCUGGAGAAGGCCAAGGCUGGGGACCCCAAGGCACAGACGGAGGUGGGGAAACGCUACCUGCAGCUUGCCGGCGACGGGGAUGAAGAGGUCAACAACUGCACUGCCGUCGACUGGCUGACCCUCGCCGCCAAGCAGGGCCGGCGCGAGGCCGUCAAGCUUCUCCGCCGGUGCCUGGCGGACAGAAAAGGCAUCACCUCCGAGAACGAGCAGGAGGUGAGGCAACUUUCCUCCGAGACCGACCUGGAGCGGGCCGUGCGCAAGGCGGCCCUCGUCAUGUACUGGAAGCUCAACCCCAAGAAGAAGAAGCAGGUGGCCGUGUCGGAGCUGCUGGAGAACGUGGGCCAGGUCAACGAGCACGACGGAGGGGUGCAGCCUGGCCCCGUCCCCAAGUCGCUGCAGAAGCAGAGGCGGGUGCUAGAGCGCUUGGUCAGCAGCGAAUCCAAGCGCUACAUAGCGCUGGACGACUUCGUGGAGAUCACCAAGAAGUACGCCAAGGGCGUCAUCCCCGCCGACCUGUUCCUGCAGGACGACGACGAUGACGAGCUGGCAGGCAAGAGCCCCGAGGACCUGCCCCUGCGCCUGAAGAGGGUGUUACAGGUGGAAGGACCGUGCGGACCAAGGGCCCGGCCAUGGCUGAAACGGCGGGUGGUCAGGUACCCGCUACACGUCAUCAUGGAGCUGAAAGAGUACCUGAUCGAUGUAGCGUCCCGGGCGGGCGUGCACUGGCUGUCCACCCUCGUGCCUACCCACCACAUCAACGCCCUGGUCUUCUUCUUCAUCGUCAGCAACCUCACCAUCGACUUCUUCGCCUUCUUCGUGCCCCUGGUCGUCUUCUACCUGUCCUUCACCUCCAUGGUCAUCUGCACCCUCAAGGUUUUCCAGGACAGCAAGGCCUGGGAGAGCUUCCGUGCCCUCACCAGCCUGCUCCUGCGAUUCGAGCCCAACCUGGACGUGGAGCAGGCCGAGGGGAACUUUGGCUGGAACCACCUGGAGCCCUACGUCCACUUCCUGCUGUCUGUCUUCUUCGUCAUCUUCUCCUUCCCCAUCGCCAGCAAGGACUGCAUCCCCUGCUCGGAGCUGGCCGUCGUGUCCGUCUUCUUCACGGUCACCAGCUACAUGAGCCUGAGCACCUCGGCCGAGCCCUACACCAGGAGGGCCCUGGUGACCGAGGUGGCGGCCGGCCUGCUCUCCCUUCUGCCGACCGUGCCCGUCGACUGGCGCUACCUGAAGCUCCUGGGCCAGACCUUCUUCACAGUGCCCGUCGGCCACUUCAUCGUCCUGAACAUCAGCUUCCCCUGCCUGCUCUAUGUAUACCUGCUGUACCUCUUCUACCGCAUGGCCCAGCUGAGGAACUUCAAGGGCACCUACUGCUACCUGGUCCCCUACCUGGUCUGCUUCAUGUGGUGCGAGCUCUCCGUGGUCAUCCUGCUCGAGUCCACCGGCCUGGGGCUGGUGCGUGCAUCCAUCGGCUACUUCCUCUUCCUCUUCGCUCUCCCCAUCCUGGCGGCCGGCCUGGUGCUGAUGGCUGUGGUGCGGUUGGCCCACUGGUUCUUGUCCCUGGAGCUCACCAAGAUUGCGGUCACCGUGGUGGUCUGCAGCAUCCCCCUGCUGGUCCGCUGGUGGACCAAGGCCAGCUUCUCCGUGGUGGAGAUGGUCAAGUCCCUGACACGGAGCUCCAUCGUCAAGCUUAUCCUGGUGUGGAUCACGGCCAUCGUGCUCUUCUGCUGGUUCUACGUGUACCGCUCGGAGGGCAUGAAGGUCUACAACUCCACGCUGACCUGGCAGCAGUACGGCUUCCUGUGCGGGCCGAGGGCCUGGAAGGAGACCAACAUGGCCCGCACCCAGAUCCUGUGCAGCCACCUGGAGGGCCACAGGGUCACGUGGACCGGCCGCUUCAAGUAUGUCCGCGUGACGGAGAUCGACAACAGCGCCGAGUCGGCCAUCAACAUGCUCCCGCUCUUCAUCGGCGACUGGGUGCGCUGCCUCUACGGUGAGGCCUACCCGUCCUGCAGCUCGGGCAACGUCUCCACGGCCGAGGAGGAGCUCUGCCGCCUCAAGCUCCUGGCCAAGCACCCCUGCCACAUCAAGAAGUUCGACCGGCACAAGUUCGAGCUCACCGUGGGCAUGCCCUACAGUGGCGCCAACGGCACCCGCGGCCCCGAGGAGGACGACGUCACCAAGGACAUCGUGCUGCGGGCCAGCAGCGAGUUCAAGGACGUGCUGCUCCACCUGCGCCAGGGCAGCGUCAUCGAGUUCAGCACCGUCCUCGAGGGCCGCCUGGGCAGCAAGUGGCCCGUCUUCGAGCUCAAGGCCAUCAGCUGCCUCAACUGCGUGGCGCAGCUCUCACCAGCCAGGCGGCACGUGAAGGUCGAGCGGGACUGGCGCAGCACCGUGCACGGCGCCGUGAAGUUCGCCUUCGACUUCUUCUUCUUCCCCUUCCUGUCGGUGGCUUGAGGACGCGUCCUGUUGCAGGAGUGCCGGUGCAUGUGGCUGCCAGGACCUCCCCCCACGGCCUCCCGGCUGAACGGCGCAACACUAACCACUGUGCGUGUGUGUGUGUGUGUGUGUGUGUGUGUGUGUGUGUGUGUGUGUCCACACGCAUGCGCAAACGCAGGGCUUUGGAGACCAUUUGUCACGUGUAGUCUGCUCACACCUCUGUGAACGGGCUGACUCCUUUAGCUCUGUCCACUUCGACUGCCCAGUGUGGUUGGAAAUGGCAUGCACAUCCUCGACCCGCAGUCCCGACCUCUCCGUGCGCAGCUGGUGUGCCAGGCUAGACUAGGAUUCCUGUGCCCGAAAAACACUUUACAGAUGCUGCCCUCCCUGCCCUACCACCUCCACGCACGCCCCGGCCCCUCAUUUACUUCCGUUUGGGUUUGUUAUUUGAAGAACCAAUAGUGCUGCUCUGUAAACUCAACGAUAGCUUUUCUUAUUUAUUUGGUCACUGCUAAGCCUUGACAGCUGUUUGCCGAUCCUGGGGCCCUGCAGAGCCGCUCUGUCAUAUGACCAAGGCCCUGCCUGAUUCUGAGAUCGGAGGCCACACGGGCAGAAGCCCCGAGCUCUGCAUCCUGCAGCCUGCCCGCCUCGCAGCUCUCCUGUCUGGUGGGUAAUGGGUGAGUUUGCGAGGGUCUCGCCUGAAUCCACCGGGACUAGGAAAUAGAAGGAACCCGGGGCAUCCCCUCCCAGUGCUGAGAAAUGCUAGGCCAUGUUCAGAACCAGAAAGCAGAAAGUCAAGGUCCUAAAGCAGCCGAAAUAAAAACCUCUGAUGAAAUCCA